UGCCUCUUAUGGUUCCGCUGGGGGGAAAAACAGCCGCUGCAGUCCUCGUCGCCUGCAGCCAGUCUGACAUCGACCAUUGAUAAACCGUGCAGACGAUAAUUAGCAUGACAUGUUACAGUGUUUAAGCCUAGCAUCGCCUGAGCAGCACCAAUCAGUGUGACGGCGCUUUUCCAGUAAGGUAUGGGCAGGGUGUAGUUUGUGUCAGUAGCCUGGUAGCUCGUCUGUUUGUGUUGUGGUGGUGAUGGAGAAUACCGUGGAGCAGUCUUCGCCCCUCCGUAUCACCCCUACUGUCCGGGCGCUGAGCUCCGCACUGCGAGGAAAGCGUGAAAAUGUAUCCGAAUCCAGCCGGGAGAACGGGGACAGGCUUUUUCCAGACCCGGAGAAGCUUUGGUUUAAGGAAAGCAGCGCGAAAAACCUGCGGAACAGAGACUUCUUGUCGCCGACCACGAUGCUCAACACGCUGUAUGCAGACGGGCAGGUCCCUUCCGCGGUGAUGUCCAGGGUCUUGUCCCUUCGUGGCAGUGGGGUUCUCCCUGUGGCUGGUGGGGAGGUAAUGGGUGAAGGGUUGCGGGUGAGGGUGGACCGGGCAGCAGCCUUCAGGUCUGUCCUGGCGGGUGGAGCCACAGAAUACCUCAAGCCCUCGAGUCAGAAGCAAGGGUGUGUGGUGCUGAACUGCCCCGCGCUGCACCCUAAACCAGACACUCUCACUCCUGAAACACUGACCCUGGGCCAGCUGAGGACUGUUCUGCUGGCUGACCACAUGGGGGCGCUGUUAAGGAGACAGGGGUUUGCAGUGUCCUACUGCCCGACACUUCCUGAAAACAGCAACAUCAUCACCUUUCUACGAAGUCUGGGCAUCGACUGGCCAGCAGCCGAAGCCAACUGGACCAAUGAGGAGCGAGAGGAAAAGAUUCAGGCAGCGCUGGAGAGCUCCACAUACAGACAGAGAGAAACAGAGAGAGGCAGGAGGACCAGCGGAGGAGGGAAGAAGAUGGAGGAGGAUGAGACCGAAGGGGCGCUCAGGGUCAACCUGAAACGAGCUUUCCAAGAGGAGGGGCUUCUGGGAUACGACCCCAGCCUUGGUACUUGCACAGUCCACAGAGACAGCGUUUCCCACCUUGCACAACUGGACCUAGCCACAUCCGACUGCAUGGUACCCAUGGCAACAGUGUUACAUGUGACUUCCUGUCAGGAUGAGUUCCGCCAGCAGCAGAUAGCAGUGCUUUGGAGAGCAAGUGGAGCAACACAUACACAGAGACAUCUGGUGUGUGGGCCAGUGAAGACUCCCGGUUCUCAGCUCACUGCUGCACAGUACCUGCAGUUGAGGAGAGGUCAGAUGAAGGAGGCCUCAGAGAUGAAGUAUGGAGAUCAAGUAGAAGGUCAGACAUGGGAUGACAUCAUCAGGGUUAUGACUUCUGCCACGGUCAGAUUUGAGCUGCUGUCAACGGUCCACACAAGUCCUGUGACAUUGGAUGUCCAGAAAGAAGGGGGCGUGUCCACCAAAGGGCCCAGAGGAGGAGUGUUUGUCAUGUACAACUGUGCCAGACUGCACACUCUGUUUGACAGCUACGAGAGAGGAGUGGAGAAGGGUCUAUACCCAGAAAUCCCUGAGGGCUCCCAGCUGGACUUCUCUGCUCUAAAAGAAGAGGGCGAGUGGCUUCUCCUUUUCAAUUAUCUCAUCCCAUUCUCUGAGCUGCUGGACCAAUCAGGACAAGCUUUAGACUGUGAAGGGGGAGGAGCCAGAGUCAAUAUUAAGACUGAACAGAUCUGUAAAUUUCUUGUGUCACUCAGCAAAGACUUCAGUUCGUACUACAACAGAGUCCAUGUCCUUGGGGAGCCGCUGCCUCAUCUCUUCAACCAGAUGUUUUGUCGUCUGUAUCUGCUCAGAGCAUUGAGAGAGCUCUACCACAGCGCUCUGGACACCCUUAACCUUCCACCCAUCAGACAACUAUAGCCCGACACUACUCCUGGGAUCACCUCACCUCUCGUCUCACUCAAACGCACAAUCAUCUCUGUUUUGUGGUAGUAGCAACAUCUUGUACACAACUAGUUCUCUUUUUUUUUGGAUACGAAGUCUCUAGGUAAGACACAUUGUCACCUUCCCCUUGAAGUGUAAGUGCGCUCUGGGGCUGUUACAGUCAAUUAGGAGCUAUUUUUGUAUCUUCCCGGUGUGUAGUUUUAACAGCUUUUUGUCUCUGAUAACUGAAGCUUACCCAUAAACCAUCAAAUGUAAGUCAAUCAAAUAUGUACACAGAGUUGUUUCUUAACAUCUUAAAGGUCACAUAUCCUUUUUUUCAAAAAGUUUAAAUAAGACUCAGAGCUCCCCAAAACAUGCCUGUGAAGUUU